UGACCUCUGGCAUUGGGGGCGGGGCCUGGGGACAAGAUGGCUGCCGCGCGCCCGGAGUCGCCGAGUCUGAGCUCAGCGGGCCCGGAGCCGCGAUCCCCGGAACCUCCGGACCUGGUCCUGGUGCCUGAUGAUGGCCGCCCGGCCACCCCCCCGAGCGACCUCGUCGAGAUCCAGGUGGUGAAGGUGACCGACACCACGCUGGUACCUGAGCCCCCAGAGCCAGGUUCUCUCCACUGUGCCUUGUGCCCAGCUGUCUUCCGGCUGGUCUCCGAGCUGCUGUUCCACGAACAUGGCCACUUGGCGGGAGCUGAGGGCGGCGGGCAGGGUGGGGACCCGAGCCGGUGUCACGUCUGUGGCCGCAGCUGUCCAGGGCCCGCCAGCCUCCGUGCCCACUACAGCCUGCACACGGGAGAGCGGCCCUACCGCUGCCCGCUCUGCCCCCGGGCCUUCAAGGCCCUGGCGCCUCUGCUGCGGCACCAGCACCGACACGGGGUGGAGCCGGGGACCUCGCAACGGCCUCCAGAGGCGGCGGCGGCUCGGGAACAGCGGCCCGGCCUGGCGCAGGAGAGGUCGGAGGUGGUGAUGGCCGCGGCGGCGGCAGGCGCGGCGGUGGGGAAGCCUUUCGCCUGCAGGUUCUGCGCCAAGCCCUUCCGCCGCUCCUCAGACAUGCGCGACCACGAGCGGGUGCACACGGGCGAGCGGCCCUACCACUGCGGCGUGUGCGGCAAGGGCUUCACCCAGUCCUCGGUGCUGAGCGGCCACGCGCGCAUCCACACCGGCGAGCGGCCCUUCCGCUGCACCCUCUGUGAUCGCACCUUCAACAACUCCUCCAACUUCCGCAAGCACCAGCGCACCCACUUCCACGGGCCGGGGCCUGGGCUGGGAGACUCUGGAAGCCAGCCGGCAUCGGGGGCCGAGGGGCCGGGGCGUGGGUGGGGGGCAGGAAACACUCUGGAAGAGGGGCGCGGGGAGACGGCCCAAGUGAAGGUGGAGGUCGACCAGUAGUCUGGGAGAGCAGGCCCGUGGGAAGUGGGUGGCAGGCGCAGGGGAAUGGGUGGGUGGGAGGGAAAAGGAGGCAGUGGUCGGAGAGAGAGGACGUGAGAGCUAAGGGAGAUGGCAGUGAGCGGCCCGUGUGGGCGAGCAGGGGCAGAACCAGGUUCUGGAGGCUCACCACACAGUGCCCCUGUGGGAUUCAGAGAAAGGCACCGACACAGCCCUAUGGAUGCCCAGCUAAAUGCCAGGAACACGGGCCGGAUUUCAUUCCCCUGUUUGCUGCCCUGCUUGCCUGUCUCUGUGGAAGACCCAGCUUAUCGCAGCAGAGCCUGGGCCCUGCAGACAGGGGACCAGGGUUGAGUGGAAGGGGCAGAACCCUGGACUAUCUUGGGGCCCAGGGUGGACCAGGAUGGAACCUUGCCUACCUCAAUGGAUUGCACUGAACCUAGGAUGCCCACCCAUCCUCAGGCAGAAGACACACAGCGGGAUCCUAUCACUUCAAAGCCAGAGGGUCAUAGCCAGCCGAGAGCACCUGAGUCUCAAGGAUGUAAGCCUAACCCUAAGGAUUUUGACUCCACGAGCCGCCACCCCUGUUCCUGUGAUGGUCCCUCCCUAAGCCACCUAGACUUCUCUUCCCAAGCAGCUGAAAACCACAUUCCCCUCCUAAAGCUUUAGGCUCAGAGCCCAUGGUCCCCCAAGUUUACAAAGGAGCCUCAAGGUUCUCUCAUUUCCUCCACUCGCGCUUUGAACCAAACAUCUUCUCGCCUGGCCCCAGGCGAUCCCAAGGCAGGGUUGGCAGAUGGCAGCAUGGUGGCCUGGCCUCCUGUGUAUGGCAGGUGUGGGACAAGAACUGGGGGUGGGGGGCAGAGGAGGACCUGGGAGCUGGAGGUGGGAAGCCUCCAGUUCUGUUCCUAUUAAAGGACUUUCUGAAGGGUU